AUGGGUUUCGCAGAAUCCAUACCACCUCCAGUCAAGGAUAAUUUCAACAAGAUAUGGACUUCGCCCAAAAAGAGAUCUGCAGCUUUAGUGGUUAUAAUAUGCGUGAUAUUGCUCAUAACGCAUACAUUUGUCGGAUCUUAUAACUUCAUCUUGCCUUCUUCCGUUGCGGCAAAUGCUGAUUCGUUGAGAAAUGGAGAUUGGCGAUCGAUCAGUGACGUGGAUAUAGUUAUAUCUCAUUUCAAUGAAGAUGUAAAUAUCAUGAGAGAAUCAAUAAAAUCAGUCACUUCAGUCCUGGAUAGAUUGUCGACUAAAAAAUCCAGAAGAGUCAUCAUAUAUUCGAAGGGAGAGACCGAUGAUGACACCAUGAAAGAAAUGUUGGAUAUGUCAGAUGAAGUUGUUAAAAUCGAAAAUGUCGGUAGAGAAGGUGAAACGUAUCUAUCACAUAUAGUUCGAAACUAUGAAAAUCCAGUCACCAACUUGGCUCAGCAUACGAUAUUUAUGCAACCUCACGUAGCGUGGGAUUGGCUAUUCUUACCCCGUUUAGAAAAGAGUUUUCAACCUAACACUGGAUUCUUAUCUUUCGGUGUAUACAUUUCUCAUAUAUGCGGAAAUGAUACACACGGUCAAGUUCAUCCUAGAAUGGCAGAUAUAUAUAGUAUGUUUAGGCAAGAUUUCUGUCCACCAGAAUCCGUUCUCGGUACAUGGGCAGGUCAAUUCAUCGUAUCUCGUCAAAGGAUAUUAGAAAACUCUCUUAAAUCUUACGUUAACUUGAGAGACAAGUUUCACGAACCAAGUGACCAUUGGAUAUGGAAAGAAGGUUGGUGGAAUAAUGAACCGACAAAUCCCACUUUAGGCCACGCACUGGAAAGAUCAUGGCCUAUGAUAUUCGGCUGUACAGAUCCUUCUUUGGAGAAAUCAUGUGAAGAAGCAGUGCCAGGGACUAGCUGCCAAUGUCUAGACUAG